UAUAGGAAACCUAACCUAAACACAAACUUUUUGUUACUUAAAACAAGUUUGAUAACCUUAAAUCGUGGAAUACUGGGUGUGGAAUACUGACUUCCAAAAAUUUGAACACGUAAAUUUAUUUAAUUUAAUUCGAAUGAUAUUAAUAAAAAAAUAAAAGGACAAAAUGAGAUAUGCGCAAUUGGUAAUGGGACCAGCCGGUAGUGGAAAGUCCACAUAUUGUUCUGUUAUGCAACAACAAGCAGCAAGUGAAAGAAAAAUAAUCGAAGUAGUAAAUUUGGAUCCAGCAGCAGAAUAUUUUGAUUAUGAACCCCUAGUUGAUAUAAGGGAAUUGAUUCAAUUGGACGAUGCUAUGGAAGAUGAUGAAUUACGAUUUGGACCUAAUGGUGGUCUUGUAUUUUGUAUGGAGUAUUUACUAGAAAACUCAUUGUGGUUAGAAGAAAAAUUAGGUGAUGUAGAUGAUGACUACAUUAUUUUUGAUUGUCCAGGUCAAAUAGAACUAUAUACGCAUAUGACAGUUAUUCGUCAGUUAAUAAUAAUGUUACAAAAUAUUAAUUUUCGUAUAUGUGGAGUAUUUUUAAUAGAUAGUCAAUUCAUGGUUGAUGGAUCAAAAUUUCUGUCAGGUACAAUGGCUGCACUUAGUGUGAUGAUCAAUUUAGAAUUACCACAUGUUAAUAUCCUUAGUAAGAUGGAUUUAUUGUCAAAAAGUGCGAAGAAGCAAUUAGACAAAUAUUUAGAACCUGAUCCACAUAGUUUAUUAACAGACAUGGAGGAAAAUUCUUGGAAUGAAAAAUAUAGGAAUCUCACAGAAGCAAUAGGAAGGCUUAUAGAAGACUAUAGUUUAGUCCGUUUUUAUCCAUUAAAUAUAAAAAAUGAAGAAAGUAUAGCAGAUAUUAAACUGACAAUUGAUAAUAUUAUUCAAUAUGGAGAAGAUGCUGAUGUUAAGAUUCAAGAUUUUGAUGAACCUAUUGAGGAUGAUGAUAAUGAUAUAAACUAUGAUUCAAAUACAUAA